AUGGAUAGCACAGCUUGCCAUGUCAUCUACGUCAAUCGCUCUGUCGCUCAUAAUCGCAUCGUCUCCGCUCCCCCCGACGACCAAUCGUCAAAUGACGACGACCAAUACCCUGACCACGUUCGUCGCGAUAUUCAACCUCUGCUGGAAGCAUUUGGAGAUGUAUACGUUUGCUCGACAGGCUCAGCCUGUCUCCAACAUCUUCUCGCCCUCCAAGAAGAUACCAUCUGCUCCAUGUCCCCCGCCAUUGUAUUAAUUGACACGCCUCAUAAUGCGCAAAUACGACCUUCCCACAUAUCUUCGUCGCCCAUUUGGUCUGCCACCUCCACCAUGUCCGACUCGGCCCAAUCUUCUCAGAUCCGCCCCCCGGAGGAUGAAAUCUACGGUCUCAACCUUCUCCAGAAAAUCAUCACCGAGUCGCACCUGCGUUGCAUGGCCAAACGCGUUGUUCCCAUUCCCGUCAUCUCCUAUCCCGAGCCCACCUCCGACCAACCACGCGAGCAAAUGACUGACGGUGCCACCGACGUGCUCGCUCCUAUUCCUCUCAACACACUCGCCGCACAUCGUCCGCUCAUUGGACAGUGCCUCGAUCUUGGCGCCGUCGAUGUCAUCAUCAGCCCUCUUAGCUCAAAGUGCAUCACUACGCUCGAAAUAUGCGCUUACAAGGCGCAUCGGGACACUGCUCGUGAGCAACAAGAACUCCUCGAGAUUACCCAUGGUCGCAAGCGCUCCUGGGUCGGUGUCAGUGACCAGGAGCCUUUCGCCUACCUGCGCGAGGCCAUGGUCUCCAACCUCAUGAAGGGUAUUUGCCGCAUGACCCCCGACAAUACCAUUGCCACCACUCAUGUUUCCGUUUCGGCUCAACGCCAAUCUGACAUUGCCUCUGCCGUCUCCAAGUGGCACUUUUGCGCCAAUUCAUUCACCGAUGACGAAUUGCUCGUUGCCGCCAUGUUCAUGUUUCAGCAUGCACUCUCUAUGCCUGAACUUGAGCCCUGGCGCCUUCCCGCUGAUCAACUCAUCCAGUUUCUCGUCGCGUGCCGUACCGCUUACAACAGCUUCGUUCCAUAUCACAACUUUCGCCAUGUCGUCGAUGUCCUUCAGGCAACGUUCCACUUCCUCGUCAAUGUUGGUGCCUUGACCAGCUAUCCCGUUCGAGACCCCACGACACCCGUUUCCAAAUCUCCCAUUGCCUCGCUCUUAACCCCGUUUGACGCCUUGACCCUACUUAUUACCGCCAUCGGCCACGAUGUCGGUCAUCCUGGCGUCAACAACGGUUUCCUGGCCACCUUGAACGCCCCGCUCGCUCAGCUCUACAAUGAUCGCUCUGUCCUCGAAUCUUUCCACUGCGCCGCCUAUGCUCAGAUUCUCCGGAGAUACUGGCCUGCUGCUUUUGAGGAUCGGCGCAUGCGUGCCCUCAUGAUUAGCUCUAUCCUGGCUACCGACAUGGGCCUUCACUUCGACUACAUGAAGAAGCUUGGUGACUUGCAAGAAAAGCUCCAGGACAACAACAGCUCCGAGGGCUGGAACGGUCGUCAGCUCGAAGAGUAUAAGGCACUCGCUUGCUCGCUCAUUAUAAAGUGCGCCGAUGUCAGCAACGUUGCUAGGCAUCACGAUGCAGCUGUUAAAUGGAUGCAUAUCCUGGUUGAAGAGUUUUCGCGGCAGGCAUCCAUGGAGAACGAGUUGGGCAUCAAGUCCUCUCUCAUUGCCGAGCCAAAACGAGAUCCACUGUCGCUGUCCAAUGCCCAACUUGGUUUUAUGAACAUGUUUGCGAUUCCUCUCUUUCAGGGCGUUGCUGAUAUUAUGCCUUCUCUCAAGUACGCCGUGGAAGAGUUGGAAACCAAUAGGCAAGUAUUCGAACAAAAGGUGCACAACGAAAAGUUGAAACAAGCCAAUGAUGAGCUGGAGCGACGCAAGCUGCUACGAGAAGGCACUUUCUCGCCAAAAACCAGAAGCUGGAGCGCAGAGGAAGGUGACGACGGCGCACAGGGCGUCGUUGCAACGCCGCAACGGACAGAGGGCUCCGAUUCAACAGUCAUGCAUGCUGGCGAAACCCCUGGCAGCUCGCAGCACGAGCUCGCCAAGGAAAACAACAUUGACGCAACAGUUGCUGCUCAAGAUAUGCAUGACCGAGUACGCGACUUCUACAGCCCCGGUCAAUCGGAACAUGAUGUCUAUAGGCACUUGAAUGGCUCCUCCUCGGCCUUUGACGCCCGCUGCAGUGAGACCACCGAGGGCAGUGUCUCAGGCGCUCUCACAGGCGACUGGGCUUCUCAGGCCACCAGCGCCACGGGAAAGGCGAACCUGUCGCCCAGCACUCAGGGAACGAGCAUUGUUAGCAACGACUCGGUGGAUCACACCCUCGGGCUGCCUUCCUUCAAUGUUUCGCCGCCAGGGACGCAACAUUUCCCUCCACAUAACGGAGAGGGCCUCGCAGAACCCGACACGAGCGAAUCAAUAUCUAAUUCAGGCAGCAUUGGCAAGGCAGAGGGCAAGUCUCUCCGCAAAAAGACUAGCAAUGUCAUGCUAAGCAGACGUGGUGCAUGA